CUUGUGACGCCUUUGGACUCGCUCAGACCCGCAUGCAUAGGGAAUCAAACCGAGAAAAGAACACCAUUGAGGCGUUUGCUGGGAAAGAACCAAACAUCUCGAUUGCAGCUCGUUUGUCUUUGUCAGCGUUCGCCUUGAGCAGAUUUUCGUACCACCGCAAGGCGAAAGCAGUGUAGCGUCGUGGAUUCUUUUCCCGCCACGAAACAGCAAUCGAAGAAGUAAAGGCGGAAGUUAGCAAGACGACCCCGAGAAGACAAAGCCCUCGGUUGACGGAGUCGCGAAAAGCAGCAUCAGACAUGUUGUUCAACAGAGAGUUCAUUAGGGAACGAUUGAUGCAAGCAGCCGAUGAAAUAUUCCGGCUGUUUGAAAGAACGAAAACGUCGUACGAAGAGGAACUUUGUCGAAUAAGAGAGGAGAACCAGCUACAGCGACAACAACUGGAAGCUUUGUGCAAGACCGUUGAAGACGUCCAGCAGCUGACCAGUCGCCAGGAAGAAUGUACAUCCCAGGCAAAGUUGGGUUGCUCCGCUUUGGAACAGGAGGAUCCCCAGCCCCCCCACAUCAAGGAGGAAGAGGAUCCCCAGCUCCCCCACCUUAAAGAGGAAGAGGAGGAACUGUGGACCACGCAGGAGGGAGAGCGUCUUGUCGGACUGCAGGAAGCUGACCUGACUGUUGUCUCUGUGAAGACUGAAGACGAUGAAGCAGAAAACCUCUUAGCACCACUGUCAGAUAGCGACGAUACGUCACGCUCCCCUGAUGCGGGAGACGGGGACCACGCCCGAGAAUCUAUGAGCGGCAAUGCGGACUGUGAAGGUUCUCCAACAGGCAGUACGCAGCCUGCUAAGAAGACGGGUAAAGAACGGCUCACCUGCACAGUGUGCGACAAAAGCUUUUCUUAUAAUUGUGAUUUCAAUCGCCACAUGCGGACACACACCGGAGAGAAACCCUUUGUUUGCGUAGUUUGUGGUCAUAAAUUUGCGGAAAAUUACAUUUUGACAGAACACAUGAGAACGCACACAGGUGAAAAACCUUUUAGUUGUUCAUUUUGCGAGAAAACAUUCUCGCAAAAGUCAAACAUGGUGUCGCACAUAAGAACUCACACGGGGGAGAAACCUUUCAGCUGCUUGAUUUGCGGUAAAAUCUUUUCUCAAAGGUGCAACCUGAGCUUACACAUGAGAACGCACAGCAGAGAAAAACCUUUCGACUGCUCAUUGUGCAGCAAAAGCUUCACUCACAAGGUCAACAUGCUGUCACACAUGAGGACGCACACGGGGGAAAAACCUUUUAGUUGCUCAGUUUGUGACAAAAGAUUCACUCACAAGGUGAACAUGCUGUCACACAUGGGGACACACGCAUCGGAAAAACCCUUCAGUUGCUCCAUUUGUGGUAAAAAGUACAUUUACAAAGUGAGUAUGGUAUCACACAUGAGGACGCAUACAGGAGAAAAACCUUUUAGUUGUUCCGUAUGCGGUGAAAGUUUUUCUCACCAGUGGCAUUUGACUCGACACACGCAGGGACACACGGGAGACAAAUCCUUCAGUUGCUUAGUCUGUGGCAAGAAAUUUGCUCGAAAGGACAUCUUGAUUAAGCACAGACGAACGCACACGGGCGAAAAACCCUUCAGCUGCUCGGUUUGCUGCGACAGCUUCUCUAAUAAGAGCAAUCUGAACGUACACAUGCGGACGCACACCGGGGAAAAACCGUACAGUUGCUCGCUUUGCACAAAAACAUUCAAUCAGAAGGCGCACAUGCUGUCACACGUGAGGACGCACACAGGAGAGAAACCUUUUGUUUGCUCGCUGUGCGGGGACAGCUUUUCCUGUAAGAGGAAUUUCACUCGGCACAUGAGGGGACACACAGGCGAAAAACUCAGCUGCUCCGUUUGUGGUAAGAGUUAUUCUUAUGAGAAAAGCUUGGCAGCGCACUUGCUGACACACGAUGGAGAAUAAAGGUUGAAUGUCGCACGAGAGAAGCCGCCGAGAAGGUGACCAUGUGCCGUGGGCAUGACACCCGAUAAUGGGCACCCCUGAUGAUUUGCAUCAUUUCCGUGAAUAAACCAAUGCUUACUUGGAUCUAUUAUUGCUUUCUGACAUAUGACAUGCUAUCUGAUGUACAUGGGUGGGAUGCAGCAAAUCCAAAUUAGGCAGGUGCAGACAUUUGGGCACCCCUGUCAUGUUGUCUUGUUGAACACCUCUGUCCACAAGCACCGGUUAAUUAGGAACACAGAAUGGCUUCUGUGUCCUCAUUCAGCCUUGAAUUUCUUCGCC